UAAAAUGAAAAUAUUACUAAUUAUUAGAUGAAAUAUAAUUGCAUAAAUAAUGUCUAUUUCUUGUAAAUAAUAAUAAAUAAAUGGUACUCUGUAAGUUAACCUUACUUUUUUGUCUAACCUAAUCUUAUCAAUAACAUGGAAGAUGCACGGGUAAACUUAAACCUCGAGGUGCCAUUUCCUAAUAGCAACGUUGCUAGAAUAGCCCACGAAGUCCUACGUGUUGACAAAGAACCAAAACGAAGCGGUGUCGUUAGAACUUUGGAAGUCAAAGACAACGUUCUACACGCACACUUUGAGGCUCCUUCAGCCAGACAAUUGAGAAUCUCAUCAAACGGAUUCUUAGACAAAAUUAUUUUGAUGGUAGAAACCAUUGAAAGCUUUGGACCGCCAGUAAGUGAAACGUACGACCAUUACUAAGAAUGCCUGAAC